ACUUUUCUUUUAACUGUUGGCCUCUUUUCCCUUCUUUCCUUUACCAAGUUCAAGUCUCUUGAUUACAUCUUCUUCCCUUCCUUCUGGGUAUCGAUCCUGAACUGCAACCAUCGCUUGCUGCGUACUUUCUGGCUCUUCGUUACCACGAGAAUCCGUCUUUCUGCGCGCGUUACUGCACGAUUCAACAAGCGAGAGGAUACAAGUGCAAAGCGGGAAUCGGACGAGAAACCUAGACUUUACCCACUCCAACAAGAAAAGGCCACAAUACCAAUCGAUCGCUCUGCAGGCCAACCGGAGCACAAAACUGAGAACACACAACUUUCGCGAAAAACCCAAACAAACGAGAUACAAUACAACGAUGGUCUACGUACGGCAAAAGGAGCUCCCCGCGCUCCGUGAGUACAAAUACUCUGGUGUCGACCAUUCACUGCUUUCCAAAUAUGUUCUAAAGCCCUUCUACACGAAAUUCGUCAUCAAGUGCUUCCCUAUGAGCAUGGCACCGAAUCUGAUCACUCUGACGGGCUUUUCAUUCGUCGUUGCAAACUUCUUGACACUGCUGUGGUAUACUCCCACUCUUGACCAAGAUUGCCCCUCCUGGGUGUAUUAUUCUUGGGCACUGGGCUUGUUCCUAUAUCAAACGUUCGAUGCUGUGGACGGAACUCAAGCGCGCCGAACUCGGCAAUCCGGACCUCUGGGCGAACUCUUCGAUCAUGGGGUAGAUGCUUGUAAUACCUCGCUUGAGGUCCUUCUUUUUGCUGCUUCUCAGAAUAUGGGGCAGAGCUGGCAGACUGUGGCAGUCUUAUUCGCAUCCCUCUUGACCUUUUAUGUUCAGACGUGGGAGACUUAUCACACCAAAACUCUCACUCUUGGUAUCGUCAACGGACCCGUCGAGGGCGUUCUUGCGAUCGUCCUGGUCUUCGUUUUCACUGGCUACGUUGGGGGUGCUCAUUUCUGGCAACAGAGCAUGUUCCAUACCAUCGGUGUGCCUUCCACCAUUGGUAUCCCGUCUUUCAUCUACAAUCUCACCUUUACCGAGUGGUAUCUUAUUCAGGGCAGUAUUGUUCUUGUCUUCAACACCGUCGAGUCUUCACUCAACGUCAUCCGCGCUCGACGUGCCCGUGGUGACCGUUCUCGAGGUGCGCUCCUUGGCCUAGUGCCUUUCUUCAGCAUCUGGUCUAUGGUGGUUGCCUACCUUUAUCUCCAACCUAAGAUCCGCGAAUGCCAUCUCAUCCCGUUUGCCCUCUUCGCCGGCCUUGUCAAUGCCUAUAGCGUUGGGCAGAUAAUCACUGCUCAUCUUGUUCACCUGCGCUUCCCCUACUGGAACGUGCUAGGCCUGCCUCUUGCCUUUGGUGUCAUCGAUUCAUUGGGUCCCAUCUUCCAGCGCUACUUAGGGUUUGGUUGGCCCAGCGCUCUUGGCGAUAGCGUCUACCAAGUGGCUUUCAUGUUCAUGAUGCUCGGAACCGCCGUCGGUGUCUACGGAAGUUUUGUCGUUGACGUAAUCGUUACCAUCUGCGAUUACCUCGACAUCUGGUGCCUCACCAUUAAGCACCCUUAUGUUGAAAACGAAGGCGCUCAGACCAAUGGUACAAAGAAGGACUAAAUGACUGAUAUAGACCCAUGUCAAUGGGUUUAUGGCGGCGCGGGGGCUCGAUCCCCCGAAUAGAAGAGUCGCGUAACAAGACUAACAAUCGGACUCAAAAUUAGAGACGUCGGUAGUUCCAGGUUUGAACGGAGUAAUGGAAACGCUUCAUGCAGGGAUGCCAAGGGAUUGGGAAUGAGUCAAGAUAUCUAAAGAGGGUUUAAAAGAGGGUUAUCGCGAUUAUUACAUAUAUCAGGUUCUGGCAUGUCUUUGAUUAUUACGGUUUUCGUGUAGAAGUUUUGUAUGAUUUGUAUGAGGAACGGUUUUGGUUCUUUCUUUUUGGAGUUCUGCAGCGUGCUUUUGUAUAACGUUACUGUAGCUUAUAGAUGCUGUUUCUAUGUCCGCUGUCAAAUUCGACAUUAUAUCAAUCUUCUGCGAACCUACUUAUGUUUAUGACCUUAUAGAGCCA